GAAAGCUACAACAUGGCGGCCACGGCCGCCCCAAAGCGCUGGGCGCUGUGAGGGGGGGCGGGGAGGAGCCCAGGAGCCAGCCCCCGGCUAGGGGAGGGGGGAGUGUCCCGUCCCCCCUCGCCCUGACCCCGACGUGGGGCCCACCGCGAUGGGGGUCCAGGGCUUCCAGGAGUUCGUGGAGAAGCGCUGCCCGGGCGCCGUGGUGCCCGUCGACCUGCUCAAGCUGGCCCGGGCGGCGGGGGUCCGCGGGGGGCCCCCCUGCUGCGGCCUGGCCAGCUACCUCCAGCCGCUGCCCGGGCCCUACCCCCCGCCUCUCGCGGCCCACUCCCAGCAUGCUCCGGGGCUGGCGUCAGUAGCUCAUUCCCAGCAUGCUUCGGGGCUGGCGGCCCAUUCCCAGCAUGCUCCGGGGCUGGCGACGGUGGCGGCCCACUCCCAGCAUGCUCUGGGGCUGGCGGCCCACUCCCAGCAUGCUCCAGGGCUGGCGUCAGUAACUCACUCCCAGCAUGCUCCAGGGCUGGCGACAGUGGCGGCUCAUUCCCAGCAUGCUCCGGGGCUGGCGGCCCACUCCCAGCAUGCUCCGGGGCUGGCGUCAGUAACUCAUUCCCAGCAUGCUCCGGGGCUGGUGACGGUGGCGGCUCACUCCCAGCAUGCUCCGGGGCUGGUGACGGCCUGCCCGGCCCGGCUGCUGGUGGACGCGGACUCGGCCCUGCAGCGGCUCUAUGGCGGCUACCAGACGGACUGGGUGUGCGGCGGCCAGUGGAACGCCAUGGUGGGCUACCUGGCGGCCCUGUCCCAGGCCUGCCUCUACCAGGGCGGGCUGGAGCUGGCGGUCAUCUUCAACGGCGGGCUGGGCAAGGAGCGGCUGCCCGAGUGGGGCCGCAAGGCCCAGGCCGAGCGGCAGACGGCCCAGCUCAUCGCCGGCCACGUAGGCAACAAGGGCACCCCGCCCCCCCGUGCCUGGUUCCUGCCCCCCGCCUGCCUGGGGCACUGCGUCCGCCUGGCCAUGAUCCGCUUCCGGGUCAAGGUCUUCCAGAGCCUGGAGGACCAUCACCUGGAGGUGGUGUCCUUCUUCCGGGAGCGCGGCUUCCACGGGCUGCUGGCCCACGACUCGGAGUUCGCCCUGGCCAGCCUGCCCUGCUACUUCAGCGCCCAUGCCCUGAAGCUGAGCUGGAACGGCAAGAGCCUCACCACCAAUCAGUUCCUCAUGCACCAGGUGGCCAAGCAGCUGGGACUGAAGGUCUCCAGCUUCCCUGUCUUCGCCGCCCUGCUGGGUAACCACAUCCUCCCGGACGAGGACCUGGCUGCUUUCCACUGGAGCCUGCUGGGGCCAGACCACCCGCUGGCAUCGCUCAAGGUCCGAGCCCACCAGCUGGUGCUGCCCCCCUGCGACGUGGUGAUCAAGGCCGUCUCGGAGUACGUCAGCGCCAUCAAAGACCCCUGCAACCUAGAUGCUGUGGGGAGAGACGUCUUCAAACACUCUCAGUCCAGGACGGAGGAUAAGAUCGAGCGCUUCAAGAAAGCCGUGAACUAUUAUUCGGUGGCUGCCAAGAUGCCCCCGGCUCCUGUGGGCCCGUCCUCCUUUGUAUUGCCAGGCUAUGGAUCCAACCACUUUGGAGGAGCAGCCCCUGCGCAACGCAGCCCGGUGGGAUCCCUCCCCACGGGGAAGCCGAUGUUCCCACCCGACCUGGGGCCAAAGGUGCAGUACCAGCCGCCGGCCCCGCCCUCCUCCUUCCCCCCGGGCCCCAGCGCCAGCCUCCUCUUCUCCCCCCACCCGCUCGGAGACGUGCCCCCCUUUCGCGAGGAGCCCGGCCUGAAGGGCGGCGACUUCAGCAGCUGGGCUGGCGCCUACAACGCCAAGUUCCCCCCCCACCAGCGGUGCCCCAAGCCCUCCCCUUCCUCCGGGCCGGCCUCCUCCCCUUCCUCCUCCUCCGACGGCGAAGAGCACAACGGGGGCAGUGCCAACCAUGUCUCCCAGGUGCUGCAGCCGAAGUCUGGCUGGGUGGGGCCCGGUGCCGAGAAGCUGAGCCAGGGCUGGGGGCAGGUGGGGGGCUCCGGUGACACCGACGGGCCCCUGGCUGGGCCCGAGCCCUCCAUCCCUUCGCUGCUUUCCAUGGCCACCCGCAACCACAUGGACAUAACCACCCCCCCGCUGCCCCCCGUCGCCCCCGAGGUCCUGCGGGUGGCUGAGCACCGGCACCGACGCGGCCUCAUGUACCCCUCCAUCUACCAUGUUCUUACCAAGGGCGAAAUCAAGCUCCCCGUGUGCAUCGAGGACGAGUGUAACACUGAGUUGCCUCCAGCUGCCGUCCUCUUCCGCGGUGCCCGGCAGCAUAUCUACGGGGUGCUGUUCGGCGUGGCUGAGAACCAGCGCCGGGUGGAGCGCCUGGCCAUCCGCCGCCGCAUCCCCACGGAAGUGCCGCCUGUGAUCAUCAAGGAGUGGGCGGCGUACAAGGGGAAGUCCCCGCAGACGCCGGAGCUGGUCUCGGCCCUGGCCUUCCGCGAGUGGACCUGCCCCAACCUGCGGAAGCUGUGGCUGGGGAAGGCGGUGGAGGACAAGAACCGGCGUAUGAGGGCCUUCCUGGCCUGCCUGCGGGCCGACACGCCCGGCAUGCUGAACCCGGCCAGCGUGCCCACGCACCUGCUGCUGCUGUGCUGCGUGCUGCGUUACAUGAUGCAGUGGCCCGGAGGGAGGAUCCUUCAUAGGCACGAGCUGGACGUGUUCCUGGCUCAGGCGGUUUCCUCUCAGCUCUAUGAGCCGGAUCACCUGCAGGAGCUGAAGAUCGAGAAGCUGGAUGCCCGGGGCGUGCAGCUGGCAGCCCUCUUCAUGAGCGGAGUAGAUACGGCUCUGUUUGCCAACGAUGCCUGCGGGCAGCCGGUGCCCUGGGAACACUGCUGCCCCUGGAUCUACUUUGAUGGGAAACUCUUCCAGAGCAAGCUCAUCAAAGCCACCCGUGACAGGGCCCCCCUCAUCGACCUGUGUGAUGGGCAGACGGAGCAGGCGGCCAAAGUGGAGAGGAUGAGACAGAGCAUCCUGGAGGGCGUGAACUUCAACCGCCAGGCCCCGCCCCCUCUGCUCCCGCCCCCUCCCUUCGUGCCUGCCAUGGCCGCGCCCUUCUAUUCGAUGCCCCUCUACCCCCGCACCACGGGCUCUGUGCCGCCGCCAACGCCUGGGAGGAGCAGAGGGUUCACAGGUCUCCACCCAAUUCCGCCUCAGGGGGGCAAGCUGGAGAUCGCCGGCAUGGUUGUCGGCCAGUGGGCGGGCAGUAAGCCCUCGCGGGGGCGGGGCUCCUUUGGGAUGCAGGUGGUGUCUGUCGGGGGACCUGGGAAGGGACGCAGUCGAGACGGAUCUGGAAAACUCCCCAAAGGAAACAAGAAGCUUAGCAAGCAGGGCUCGUUGGAGGGAGCAGCCAAAGCAGCGGAGUUGCAGAGCGGGCAGCCCCCGUCGCAGGUGAACGGGGGCGAGGAUUCGGGGAGCGGUCCCUGCCCCCCGGCCCCAUCACAAUGUGCCUUAGCCAGAGACACUGACCCCUGCAGUGACGAGGGCCAGUACUGCGGGCGGCUGGCCCAGGAGGUGGAUCGCGGGCCCAACGCCAAGCUGCCCCUCCCGGCUCUGCAGAAGGAAGAGUGACGAGGGGGGGGACCUGAUUUGGGGGAGGGGGGGGCUUUCUGGGGGGCGGGGCCAGGAGUGUGGAAGCCUCAGGGUACCAUGAGGACAGGGGGGUUGGAAAGGCAGAGCCCCAGUGCAUUGUGGGGGAUCAUCCCCUAAUUAAAGGGAUGGUCUCCUACAGCACCCCAGUGCAUUGUGGGGGAUCGUCCCCUAAUUAAAGGGAUGGUCUCCUACAGCACCCCAGUGCAUUGUGGGGGAAUCUAAAGCACCCCAGUGCAUUGUCGGGGAUCGUCCCCUAAUUAAAGGGAUGGUCUCCUACAGCGCCCCGGUGCAUUGUCGGGGAUCAUCCCCUAAUUAAAGAGAUGGUCUCCUACAGUGCCCCAGUGCAUUGUGGGGGAUCAUCCCCUAAUUAAAGGGAUGGUCUCCUACAGCACCCCAGUGCAUUGUGGGGGAAUCUAAAGCACCCCAGUGCAUUGUCGGGGAUCGUCCCCUAAUUAAAGGGAUGGUCUCCUGCAGCACCCCAGUGCAUUGUGGGGGAUUGUUCCCUAAUUAAAGGGAUGGUCUCCUACAGCGCCCCGGUGCAUUGUCGGGGAUCAUCCCCUAAUUAAAGAGAUGGUCUCCUACAGUGCCCCAGUGCAUUGUGGGGGAUCAUCCCCUAAUUAAAGGGAUGGUCUCCUACAGCACCCUAGUGCAUUGUGGGGGAAUCUAAAGCACCCCAGUGCAUUGUGGGGGAUCGUCCCCUAAUUAAAGGGAUGGUCUCCUGCAGCACCCCAGUGCAUUGUGGGGGAUUGUUCCCUCAUUAAUGGGAUAGUCUCCUACAGCACCCGGUGCAUUGUCGGGGAUCAUCCUCUAAUUAAAGAGAUGGUCUCCUGCAGUGCCCCAAUGCAUUGUGGGGGAUUGUUCCCUAAUUAAAGGGAUGGUCUCCUACAGCGCCCCAGUGCAUUGUGGGGGAUCGUUCCCUAAUUAAAGAGAUGGUCUCCUACAGUGCCCCAGUGCAUUAUGGGGGAUCAUCCCCUAAUUAAAGGGAUGGUCUCCUACAGCGCCCCAGUGCAUUGUGGGAGGAUUUGUACCUGUUUCCCUACCCCCCACCCCCUCCUGGCCCUGACACCCCCUCCCCCCCCAAUCAUGCCAGUCGGCUCCACAACAUGGCGUAUUUUAUUAUUUUUUAAUUUUAAUAUUUGUGGGUGGGGAGUUGACGGUUUUCUAUGGUUUUUAACAUAUUAUAUAUACCCCUCCCCUGGCUCUUGUAGCGGGGGGGGGGGGCGGGAAAUGCUAUGAAAUAAAGGGGGAGCCGUUAAAAGGAAGCCAGCCAGGAUGAAUAAAAGCGAGUGGGGAGGGGUGAUGUCUGGAGGCUCAUGCCAGGCCGCUAAGGGGUCGUGGCGCCCCCUGCCCUGCAGUGCUGGGUGCCCCGGCACCCACAGCCAGCCGAGCAGGGCACCAGUCGCGCCCCUCGCUGCUCUGGGUGGAACCCCAAAACGUCACGGAGGCGGAUUUCCCCAAUAUUUGGCGGGUGCAGAUGCCCCCAGCCCGUGUUCGUUUCGGGCGGCGCGGGGGCGAGUUCGGGGCAGAUGGCUGAAAUCUGCCCGUGCUUUGUACAGACAGAAGAGAGAGAUUAUAUUUACAGAGACAGAUUCUAUAUGGAAACUACGUAUCUCGGGGGGAGGAAUUCCCGUGUCCCGAGCCGCAGCUCCAGAGCCGUCCACGUCGGACCCAGGGGGAUAGGGGCUGUCGGGGGGUCCCUCCGAAACCAGACAGGCCCCCCCCCCCCGCUUCCGCGGAGUCCCCCCUCCCGGCCGCGGUUCCCAGUGGGGCUGGCCAAUGGAGGGUGGAGGAGGGGUUCAGGUUGGUGGCCCGUGGGGGGUGGGUGGGCAGGGAUUUUCAGGCUGGGGGGCUGUUAGGGUUUCUGUCCCAUGGGAGGGGAAUGCAGGGACUUGGAGGCUGACUGAUCGGGGAUGUAUUUGGUGCGGGGGGGACCCCCUUCAAGUCCCAUUAAAAUCUGGACCGUAGAGGGUGGAAAAUGUGAAGGUUUUGUGGACUAUCCUAAUCCCCUCCCGACAGGCAGGGGGGCUGGUGGUGAAUUCCCAUCCUGCCCCCCCCAAAGUGUGUAAAAACUGGGCAGUGCGGCUCCUCUCCUGACCAAUCCACGCCCCUGUCGGCACGGGAAGGCUUGAAUUCCCCCAGAUCCAGACAGAGACGUGGGGAUUUGGGGAACAGGGAGGGAGCAGGAAACAGCCCAAAUCUCAACAAACUUUAUAUAUUAUUUUUCCCCCGCCUUGGGGGUGGGGGGAUGGGAGGAACCUGACUGAUCCGCCAGCAAAGACUCCGGACUCUGAUACUUGAGCUUUCGAACCGAGGCCAAUUCCGAAUCCAGCACUCGGAAGACGCCUGCCCACCCGAGGCAGCUUGUCGACAGGCGUCACCCUGUAGUUUUUUAUUACUUGAACCGUGUUUCAAAGUCAGGCUUCAGGUCAGGCGUCUCUGAAUGUCUGCAGACAAUCGGCCACGUCUGCGAAUGGCGAAGGAGUUAAUCUGAAGUGUUUGGGGUUGGGAAUCUUUAGGGACAGACGUCUGGAGUUGCAAUCACUUUUAUUGCUGGAAUAAUGCCCCCUUUUCAGGGGGUGGGGGGGCGGGAGAUGAUUUUAAGGACCCUCGGCAUUUUACAGAGCUCAUCCCAAUUCAGUGCAGCCAUUUUUUCUCCUCUGAAAUCCAGAAAACUAAACCCAAAAUCACAGCCUCCCGAACUCCCUCCGCUAAACUCUCAGGGGGCAGUUCUGAAACGCAUCCACCAGUCAUUGGUGCUUCGGAAGAUUUGUAGUUUUUGCCGUCCCAGAGAUUUUAAACACGGAGACGCUCUGGGGUGCGGAGAAGAGCUGUGGAAAUGAGUUGAGAGGCGUAAGCGGCCCGCUGCGUUCGGAAGGAGAUCGAGAGGGGACUGGAUUCUGCUGGAGAAUCUUUGGCAGUCACGGUACUGCAGGGCUCUUUAGUCUGGUGGAGACAGGCUAACGGCAAAGCAAGAGGCAGGAGGCUGAAGCCCGACCAAUACAAAUUGAAAACAAGGGACCAAUCACCGUCAGGUGAUUAACAGCUGGGACGAACUCCCAAUUGAGGUGGCCCGUUCUCCAGCUCUUGGGGUCUUCCCAUCGAGGUGAGAUUGUUUAUGCCCCUCGCCAGGUGACAUAAAGACACCGAGAUAAGCAUCCUGCCUGGCAGGGGUGUAGCGGUCUUGGCUAGAUCGGCGGAGAGUCACCUUUUAGAUUUACACUGGAAGUAAAACUAGCGCAAAUCUCAGCCUCAGAUGGGGGAUGUGAACUGAUCUGAGUUGGGGCCGCUGGCUCGGUUGGCUUUGCAGAAGCCCCUUUCUCGGCACCAUUCAGCGGAAUCGCAGAUUCCCCACGCUGGAAAUCGCUCGUCCCUUUUGGAAAACCGUGGCCAGUUUCCUUGCCCCUUCCACAUCUGCUUCGGGGGCUCCGUUCCCACCCAUGCUGCCUUUCCUGAUGUUGCGAGGUGCCCCGCAGACCUGCCCGGAGGGAAGAAGAUCCCUUUCUUUCACUGUUGGUGUUCAAGAAGCCUCGAUUGCCCCACCCAGGAAGGGACUGUUCGGCUUAGCUCCUUGAAGAACAGCUGAGGAGAUGAUUCGGGAAUCCUGUCGUUGGAGGUUUUUAAGGAUAGGUCGGACACACCCGUCAGGGAUGGUCUUCCUGCCUCUGCGCCGGGAGCUGGACUGGACGAGGUCCCUCCCGGCCCGUGGAGUCGGGCACCUUGGAGGAUCCGGGGCCUUGCUCGUGGCCUGGAAGAUCCUGUUUCCGUGUCCAAGGCCAGAACUCGAGUCUUGCGUAGGGCAGGACGUUCGGUUUCGCUGAGCCCCAGGGUGGUGGUUGGACUAAAGGAGACAGAGCAGUUGUGAGGGGCCGCAGGGAAGCGGUUUAGGUGAGACAUGCCCGGAUGAUGCCAGCAGGCUCGGGCUGCAGCGGAAGAUGAAACUUCCCCAUGGCCAAUCUGUCGACGCUCAGCAGCUCCGAGCGCCUCAUCCAGGGUCCCGUCUCCAGCCGGGGCUGGUCCCAGCUGCUUCAGGGAAGGUGGAAAAGCCCCAGACAAACCCAUCAAAGCCCAGAGUUGUGUGGGUGGGAAAUUGCUGUUGGCUGAAGCAUGCGCUUGGCUUGCUGCGGGUGUCAUGUCUGGCAGCCGAGGGCAAUGGAAGCAAAGGCAGGAGGAGAGGUAUUUCCUCCCAGGGUCAGCCCUGCAAGCGAGCGGUGGAGUCGGGAGGACUCACCUCUCUCUCAGCCGUCAGGCUGGCUGCAGGACUGACUGGUGAACGUGUGCUGGAGCUCGGCUCAGCCGGUCGUUCAUAUGAACCUGGAACAUACUGGAGGCUUUGGGAUUGUGCUGCUAAAUUCCUCCAUGGUCUUUUUCCCCCUUAUCUAGGUGAAACACUUUGACUAGCAUGGAUCCUGUUUUCUCUGCUGGUGUCAAUUGGGGGUUCCCACAGCUGGGGGCCUGGCCCCACUGACCUACCGGAGCUGCGGCCCAUUGACCCCAUCUGGGGGCCUGGCCCCAUUAACCUCAAUGGAGCUGCGGCCAAUUGAUGCCAGCUGUGGGUCUGGCCCCACUGACCCAAUGGAGCUAUGGCCCAUUGACGCCAGCUGUGAGUCUGGCCCCAUUGACCCAGCGGAGCUACGGCCCAUUGACUCCAUGGAGCUACGGCCCAUUGACGCAGCUGUGGGUCUGGCCCCAUUGACCCAGCGGAGCUACGGCCCAUUGACUCCAUGGAGCUAUGGCCCAUUGAUGCCAGCUGUGGGUCUGGCCCCACUGACCCAAUGGAGCUAUGGCCCAUUGACUCCAUGGAGCUGCAGCCCAUUGACGCCAGCUGUGAGUCUGGCCCCAUUGACCCAGCGGAGCUACGGCCCAUUGACUCCAUGGAGCUACGGCCCAUUGACGCAGCUGUGGGUCUGGCCCCACUGACCGAAUGGAGCUAUGGCCCAUUGACUCCAUGGAGCUGCGGCCCAUUGACGCCAGCUGUGGGUCUGGCCCCAUUGACCCAGCGGAGCUACGGCCCAUUGACUCCAUGGAGCUACGGCCCAUUGACGCAGCUGUGGGUCUGGCCCCACUGACUCAAUGGAGCUAUGGCCCAUUGACCCCAGUGGGGGUCUGGCCCCACUGACCCAAUGGAGCUAUGGCCCACUGACCCCAGUGGGGGUCUUGCCCCAUUGACCCAAUGGAGCUCUGGCUGAUGGACCCCAGUGGGGGUCUGGCUGCACUGACUGCAGUGGAGUUUACACCCAUGUGCCCCAGGUGGGGAUCCGGCCCAUGACAGCUCUUGUGUAUUGAAUCUGGGCAGCUGAAAUCGCGCUGCCAGCGAGGGAAGCCAGACAGGAGCGCUUGGGUUGGACCCUUGGCAGCAGCAUCUGAAUGAACCUUCCGCUCCCGGAUUCCUGCUUUCUGCUGCGAUCCAGCGACGCCCUGCGGACGACGCACACGCUGAAGUGAGGGUUUCACUUUCCUUUUCUUGCUGACCAAAGCUUUAAAAGAGAACAAAAAACACAAAGAAGUUUGAACCAACCCACCUGCAGUUCUCUUGACUUUUAAGCCAGCCAGCCAGCCUGCCUGCCCUGGGCCAGGUGUGGCUACUGACUUCCUACCUUUGGCCACUAAAUCAACUGGCUGAUGGUGUAAGCUAGCCACUCGGACGUUGUUUUCCCCCUCCUCCUUGUCUUUGGUUUUUAAACCGUGCGUGUGUGAAUCGUAUUAACUCACACAUGGAUU